CCAUCUUCGAUUAGAUUUUCUCCUAUAAAGAUGAGUGUACGGAGCACAAGAACAUCAACGAAAAAUACAUUAUAUAUGAAAUUUCCAAUUCUUUUUUGUUUUCUCUUCCUUUUCAUUGCUUUAUCAGAAGGCAAGCAUGAAGUGAAGCACAUGCUACUCGCAAAACUCAAACAAGGAAUUUCUGAAGAUGAAAUUGAAGGAUACAUCAAACAAUACGCGAAUCUUGUCAAUCUUGUUCCGUCUAUGAAAGCGUUCGCAUGGGGUAAAGAUGUGAGCAUAGAGAACUUGAAUGAUGGUUUCACUCAUGUGUUCGAGUCAACCUUUGCGAGCACACAAGGCAUUGCCGAAUAUCUGUCGGAUCCGGAUCAUGUUGCAUUUGCAAACACACUACUGCCUCAGCUUGACAAAGUCCUUGUUGUUGAUUACAUGCCCACUAAAGUUAAACUCUGAAUCCAACACAUGUUAUUCGACACAUAAACAUGUCCUGCAUGCAGACCUACGACUGUUCUUUUUCUAUUUUUAAUUCCAUUUCCAAUAAAAACAAAUGUGUUUCAAGAUUGUUUGUUACGUCUAGUACUGUUGCCAAAUACUCAUGUCAUUAAUGCGUUGUACGUGUAAUUGCAAAAAACUGAACCAAGACAAAGCUGCAUUUCUACAAGAAAUGGAAGUUUGAGUACUCAAUAAUAUAUUGGAGUUUGGACUAUGUUAA